CCCCGCACGUCGGGAUCCCGAGACCGGUGCCAGCUCGCCUGCAUGCGUGCAUGCACCCAACCUUCCUACCUGCACCAUCCGAGGCUGUUUGCCGCAUGCAAGCCCCGGAAGAACGAAGCGCCGCUGCUACUGCUGAACGGCGGCGGGGCUCGCCGAGAUGCUCGGUCGGAUCCUCGUUCCGACGGCCUUAGCGAUUCUGCCUGCAAGAGGAGAGACCCGCCUGUGAUCUGCUUGGCUGCCGUUAGCAAGCAACUUCAUGCCAACCUGAUUCCUUGGGGGGUGGGGGAAGAGGGGAUGGGGAGUGCUACCUGGCUGGGACACUGAGCUGUCCGUCUCUUCCUGCUUUGCCCCGAGAGGUGCCUCUCGUCCCUUUGAAGGCUCAGCGAUGACGGGGUCCAGCUCCAAUGCUUCCCGCCACCCUAAAGGAGACAAAGGGGGCCGUUCGAGGAGCUCGCACGCCCGGACGGUUGGCCUUGCCAACAGCGGGGGCUCGGAAGAGGAAGACAAAGAUGGAGGGGUGGUUUUCCUCGUCAACAAAAGUGGCUUCCCUAUUGAUGGGAAGACCUGGGAGAGGAUGUGGGGCCACGUGGCGAAGGUGCAUCCGUCGGGCAAAGAGAUGGUGGAGACCAUAAGGAAUGCUGACAACCUUGCAAAACCUUCAAUGCCAUCCUUGCCAAGCUACAGGGCUUCCAUGACCAUCCCUGAGUGGCUUCAGGCAAUACAGAAUUACAUGAAGAUGCUGCAAUACAAUCACACAGGGACUCAAUUUUUUGAAAUUAGGAAAUCAAGACCUCUAAGUGGGUUAAUGGAAUCGGCAAAAGAAAUGACCAGGGAAUCUUUACCUAUCAAAUGCCUUGAAGCAGUUAUCCUGGGGAUAUACUUAACCAAUGGGCAGCCUUCAGUGGAACGAUUCCCAAUCAGUUUUAAAUCCCACUUCUCAGGGAACAAUUUUCAUCAUGUGGUGCUUGGAAUUUAUUUCAAUGGUCGAUAUGGAUCUCUGGGCAUGAGCAGAAGAUCGGAGCUGAUGGACAAACCUUUGAUUUUCCGAACUCUGAGUGACCUCAUCUUUGAGUUUGAAGAGUCCUACAAAAAGUAUUUACACUCUGUGAAAAAAGUGAAAAUUGGAUUGUAUGUCCCCCAUGAACCACACAGCUUUCAGCCCAUCGAAUGGAGGCAGUUGGUGCUCAAUGUGUCAAAGAUGGUGAGGUCAGAGAUAAGGAAGGAGCUGGAGAAAUAUGCCAGAGAUAUGAGAAUGAAGAUUUUGAAGCCCGCAAGUGCCCAUUCUCCAGUCAAGCAGAGAACACGGGGGAAGUCCCUCUCCCCCCGAAGAAGACAAACCAGCCCUCAGAGGCGGGCCUGCCGAAGAGACAAAUCGCAGAAACUGAAUCCUAUCCAACGGACUGGAGUCUUCAGGCCCGCUGCGCUGGAUAAGAAAGUGAGCGAGCUCUCAACACUGAACGAUGUUGGCUACCAGCUCCGCAUCUGACAAAGCCAGAAGCCAAACAAGACAGCUUCCAGGGUGCUUCUUCCUGAAUUUUACCCUGCGAUCUGUGGACAAAGGGGUGGAAAGAGGGAGCUGCAACUAUUUAUUAUGAACAUGAGGAUUUUAUUUAAGAUCCUAGGAAUUAGGGGUCCUAGUAGUGACAGUGGUGGGUUUUUUAUUUUUAUGUUUUAUUUUUCAAUUCGUGAAGUGGGAAUCAAGGAAAAGGGGGAACGGGGAAAACUGUUUUUUUGUCUACAAUAAUGUUGUUACUCUCCAUCAAGCUGAAAAGGGGAGAGGUGAUGUGGUUGUGUGGCUUUGGUCCCGUCCCCCCCGGUCUGGAUUGAAAUAAUUGUUUCCGUCGUGGCUGUUUUGCAUUGGAGCUCGGAGCGUUGUGUGGUGUCUGUAGGGUUUUAGAAACCGGCGACGAUGAAAGUAUAUUCCCCCCGCGGCGUUGGAAAGGGCUGGGGUGUGGUCGGUUGCUUGCGAGUCAAAGGAAGCCAUAGUCCAGCGGGAACUUUCGUUGCACGACUUCCAUUGGAAUUAACGGGAUCUGAGCAACCCCCUCCCCAUUUCAGUGGAGCUCAAUGGAAGAGGAAGAGGCCAGCAGGCUAUUUGUCACUCCGGUCUGGUGUUUAAAUGUGACAUUCAGCAAUAAAAACAACAAGAGCAGCAGUCCGGAAAAGUUAUGCGAGUGGGUUUUUCCUUUCUUCGGAAUAUCAAUAUUACCUCAAGAAUCUUGACAAUAGAUAUGCAAAGCUGACAGUAUUUUGAUUUUAUAAUGGAUUUGUACUGUGUCCCCAGCUUUUCUGGUAGCAGAACAUUCACUGGGCUCUUUCUGACCCCACCUCUUCCGCCUUACUCCCCGUAUGUGCAUGUGUGUGACAAAAGAAAGUAUCAUGAUAUGCAAGGGUUUUCUUAAGAGCUCUGAAGUCUUACAAUUAUUCUGUUAAGGAUGCAGCUAACUGUUGAAGCAAUUGUUUGCCUACCAUAAGGGUAGCCAAUGUGGUGAUCUUCAGGUGUUCAUUGACCAUUCACCAUGCUUGGCUGGGCCUGGUGGGACUUGCAGUCCAGACACACCUGGAGAGCAUCAUGCUGACUUCACCUGCCUAACAAAUGACUGAUAUCUGUUUUUUUUGGUUUU